GAUGAAAUGGAAACAAUUAAAGCAUUGCAACCACAAGCACAUGAACCACCAGAACAAGCCAUGUUCCGGAACAGAAAAAAGCUAGAAGAUAUUUUGCAAAAGGACCCAGGAGAAAAGGAGACUUUUACUUGCAAUGCCAAAAUUACAAGCAUAGAUCUUCACAAAAAAUGGCAUUACAACUCGUGCGACGCAUGCAAGACCAAGAUCGAUGAGACUUCGUACUGUACCAAGUGUGAUGUUGUGGUCAAAUACCCAAAGAUAAGGUAUCUUCUAACAGUUGACAUCGAUGACGGGAGUGCAUGUGUUCCACUCGCAUUAUUCGAUAAUGAAGCUGAAAGAGUUAUUGGGAGCCCAGUGAACAAGUUGUUGGAUUUGCAGAAAAAGGAAAAUGGCAAUGAGAAGGUGAAAGACCGACUAGGAAUUUGUAUUGGAAAACAAUUUGCAUUCAGGGUAAAGCUCAGCACAAGGAGUGAGACAACUGAAUUGAUUUGCCAAAGGACAUUUGAGACAAACUACCAACUAGAAAAAUCAUACGAGGAACAACAACACAAAGAUAUGGCAAGCAUAAAAAAAGUAUAA